AUGGAGGCGGAGGCGGCGGCGCUGUCGCAGCUGCAGCUGCAGCUCCUCGCCCUCGUCUCCGAUCUCCGUCUCACCCGCGAGCGGGAGCGGGCCGCGCGGGAGGAGCUCCACGCAUCCAGCCAGAGGUGGAAGGAGGCGGAGGAGGAGCACCGGCGGGAGGCGCGGGAGCUGCGGGCGGAGCUGGCGGCGCGGGACGACGCGCUGCGGAGGCUCGAGUCCAGGGUCAAGUGCCUUGAAAACGAUAAUGAGAUGCUGGGGAGAAACGAAAAGGAUUUGAAAGAAAACAUGGAGAGGCUGCUUCAGUCAAGGGAGGCAUUCAUGAAACACUACGAGGACUCUGCUUGUUCUCUGCAAUGGACCAUCCAGAUGAAGGAUAAACAGAUUGCUGUAAUUUCAGAGAAGCUGAAUUCGCAUCUGGCUUUAUUUAAUUCCGUGGGGAAGGAAGUCGCUGCGGUAACACAAGUACUAGGUGAUAUUGAAUGUCUAGUCGGCGAGAAGGAAAAUGUAGUCUCUGAAUUGAAGGGUAAGGUCCAACGGAUUUCUGUACUUGAGAAAGAUUUCGUUGAGAAACUUUGUUUUUUGGGAGAUAAAAUUACAAGUUACCAGCUUGAACUUCGUAAUAGGGCAAGGAUAAUAUAUGAGUUGAAGGAAAAACUUGACGCUGAGAAGCUUAACAACAAAUUUCAUCCCCAGCUAGAAGAACUUAAGAAAUCUCUGCUGGUGAAGGAUGAGAUCAUUGAGAGGUUGACUUCAGAUAAGCAGGCAAUGCUUAAAGAGCUUCACAACAUGGAAAUUGCUCUAGGGAAAUUUCAAGACAUAUUUAGCAGCAUUGGGCAUGAGGAAGUGAAAAGUUCUUCACCAGAUUCUGAAUGUCAGGAUAGACAACAUUAUGCAAAUAAAGAGCAAGUAGAAAGGUAGUCAAUGUGAUCCACCCAAUGAACAUAGGUUGAUACUGGAAACUGGUGAAGCAG